UAUAAAGGCCGGUACUCAGACAGCUGAGGGGACUGAAAGGUAGAAGAGGAAAAAGGAACUGAGAGAGACUCCAAUCACUCGUCUAACUGAACUUUGUCCUGUUCUGUUUCUCUUCUGGAAUAAAACAGCAGAGGAUCUAUUUCAUACAGUGACAAGGUGAUUAAUGAUGACGAUGAUGAUGAAGCUGGUUGUGGUGGUCAGUGCAGUGCUUCUCCUGAUGGCGGACAGCGGCAUGACGGAGAGGAUUCUGACCCGCAGAAGGAGGAUGCUGGACAACCCGCUACACGCUCAGGGUAUCCGCGACCCAUUCGGCUCAUACUGUGAGAGGAGAGGGGGCUGCUGUGAGGGCAGGAAUGAUGGGUGCACCAUGCCUUACCUGGAUACCAUCUGCUACUGUGACCUGUUCUGCAAUCGCACAGUGAGCGACUGCUGCCCCGACUUCUGGGGCCACUGUCUGGGAAUCCAGCCUCCUCCCAGAGGUAAAUGUGAGAGAAAUGGUCACUGGUUCCACUCAGGUGCGACCUACAAAGAGAACUGCAAUUUAUGUACAUGUAGUGCGAGUGGCCAGUGGGUCUGUGAGCAGCAUGCCUGCCUGAUAGAACAAGACAUGAUCCAGGCAGUGAACUGGGGAAAGUAUGGCUGGAAGGCAGCUAACUACAGUCAAUUCUGGGGAAUGAGUCUGGAUGAAGGUUUGCGCUACCGCUUGGGCACUCAGCGGCCUUCCCGAGCCAUCAUGAGCAUGAAUGAGAUUCAGAUGAACAUGGAUAACAACGAACAUCUGCCCAGUUAUUUCAAUGCUGCUGAGAAAUGGCCAGGAAAAAUCCACGAGCCUCUGGACCAGGGCAACUGUGCUGCUUCGUGGGCCUUCUCCACAGCCGCUGUAGCUUCAGACCGAAUCUCCAUUCAGUCCAUGGGACACAUGACCCCUCAACUCUCACCCCAGAAUCUGAUUUCCUGUGACACACGGAACCAAGGUGGCUGUGCCGGAGGCCGCAUUGACGGGGCAUGGUGGUACCUGAGGAGAAGAGGGGUGGUGACGGAGGAAUGUUAUCCGUUUAAUCCGCCCCAGCAGACCCCUGCUGAAGUGAGCCGCUGUAUGAUGCAGAGUCGCUCGGUGGGCCGAGGGAAGAGACAGGCCACAGCUCACUGUCCAAACGUCUACAGCUACCACAACGAAAUCUACCAGUCCACCCCGCCCUACAGACUGUCCUCAAAUGAGAAGGAGAUAAUGAAGGAGAUCAUGGAUAAUGGGCCUGUGCAAGCCAUCCUGGAAGUGCAUGAGGACUUCUUUGUGUACAAGAGUGGAAUCUACCGACACACUGGCGUGAAUGCACACAAAGCACAACAAUAUCGCAAGCAUGGCACACACUCCGUGAGGAUCACAGGGUGGGGAGAAGAAACAGAUUACAAUGGAAAAACACGCAAGUACUGGAUUGCUGCCAACUCAUGGGGCAAGAACUGGGGUGAAGACGGCUAUUUCCGCAUUGCACGAGGAGAAAACGAAUGUGAAAUUGAGGCUUUCGUGAUUGGCGUGUGGGGCCGGAUAACCAUGGAGGACAUGCACAGCCAUCAUCAUCACCAUGGAAGACACAAAUAGAGAUGCCCAAUCACGUGCGUCUCUGAUCCUCAUGCCGCCUUCUAACAUCCAUAUGCACCUCAUUGCCAGACUCAGUCAGGACUACAGCGGGAGACUGCAGCAUGGGUUCUAUUAAAGCCAUCAAACUUCUACUGAAUAUAUUAUUCUCACCAGUGCUGAUAGGUGUCUUGUAGCUCGAAUGUGGACAGUUUUGGAUUGAGCCUUGUGGUGAUUCUAACGCUCUCUUUUUCACUAUGCAAGAAAAUGCCAAUGAAAAGUCAGUUCAGUUAUUGGUCCAGGAAAAUUCAGGUUCGUGGAGACUUGCCUGUAGCUGUGAGCUCACCAUCGCCCCCUGGUGGUCACAUAACUCAGUUACAAUUACACAUCUACACACUAUGAGAAGAUGAGCCCUGUUAAUGAUGACAAAAAUUGCUAUAACUUUAAUCAUCUUGUUUAUUUUUUUUAUCUUGUUUAUUUUUUAUUAGCUAUCUCCUUGUAGGUAGUUCAGAACUGUAAGUAACAUAAGACAGUACAUUCCAACACUGCGAAAUUAAACACACUGGAAAAGGCAAGACGAUGUGAGGUGGAAUUUAUUACCAAUUAUUUAUUUUAAAUAACUAUUUUUUACAGUAACUAUGUUUAUGGGUGUCCUUGUUUUCCUGAGUGAUUGGCUUUCAAUUUAAACAUUCCAUUUAUUCCAAAUGCAUUACAUUCUCCAGCUGAAAAUCAGAUAUAGUGCUGAAGCGAUCAGACUAUCCCUGAAAUCUAACACAGUGACAGGCAUCAUAAUGACCACAGAUAUAACAGCAGUGCUUAUUCAGUAUCAGCUAAUCUUUGCUAAUCUUACACACUGGUUCUCAAACCUUCUGAUUGAUUUCCUGAGCUCUUUUCAUUAACUCUCUCUUUUUUUUAUUCCUGAAAUUUCAAUAGACAGAAGUCCCAUUAAAACACAUUAAACUAAGGUGACCAGUCAAGGAGGCAGUAUGAAGGCUAAGAAUGACUGAUCAGUAUAUUUAUGGUUAUAAUCUUGAAAUAUUACAACUAACACAUCUUAUUUCUGUUUGUUUUAUACUGUAAAGCUGUGGUUUCUUGGGGAUUUUGACUAGUCUAAACCCUCGCUAAACAUAAUUCUGCUUUCUGGCAUAAACUAAUAUAAAUUAUGUUCGUGUUACAAAGUGAAAGGCAGUUUUUACUAUCUUAGUUUUUUUCCUCUGCUGAUUAUCAUUUUUUAAAGAAGCAAAACCUACUUGGAAUCUUCUUGUUUUCACAUACUAACAGUGCAAGUGCUACUGCGGGGUGAUGUGAUAUCAUUCUGUACAUUUUUCCCCCCCAUUUAAAAUGAUAAGCAGGUCUCCACUGCUGAUAGGAAUCAUACCCAGCAAUUCCAUGACAGCUGAAUUAUUCUCAGAGUUAAGUUAUUAAGUAUUCUCACCACAGAAAAUGAUUUUUAUAAGUCCCCCUCAGCUAUGUGGCUCCGUAUGUGGGAAGAAAUGUGUGCUCGGAUACAGCGUUAUACAAAGCUCGUGUGUCCUGCUUAGUCACUUAGGUGCAGAUUUCCAUUUAUUUUAACUUUAGCUGUAAAUCACGCCUGUUCACUUCACAGCAGCAUCACACACUUGAAUAAAGAGCUGAGGGGAUACAGUACAGCACUGGGCAGAAUGAACACAGCUGCUCACUUCGAACAUUAUUCACAGCGCAUUAUGAAAGUUUAAGAAGUCACAUGAGCACAUAACCACUAAUCAUGCAAGGAAUGUGAACUCUUGUGAUGACCGUUAGUGUUGAUUGUUUUCUUCACUUCUAUUCUGAACACACACACAAUGAGCCUCUGCAACUGAAAUGCAUCUCUACUUCUGAUACAUCAUUACCAUUAUAAGCUAAUCUCAGUGGACAUAAACUUGACACACACGUAUAUAUAUAUAUAUAUAUAUAUAUAUAUAUAUAUAUAUAUAUAUAUAUAUAUAUAUAUAUAUAUAUAUAUAUAUAUAUAUAAUGUUAUGCUGUUUAUAAAGUGGUGAUGAGCUUCCAUGAUCCAUCCAUUCAGUUAGCAAGAGGAUUCAUUUUCUCACAGCAGAGAUAAACCCCUCACAGAGCUGAGAGUGUGCUACAAGACUGAACCCUAGUCAUGCAGAGGAAAUGGGUUUUGGCCAGAUGAUGUAUACUUAAGUCUCCUGUAUGGAUAAUUGGUCUCCAUUGGCUUAGAAAGCUCUGCGUAAAAAUAUUUCCCAGUGUAAUGUUUUUUAAUUAAAUUAAAGAGAGAUUUAUAUCAGAUUAUCAGACUAUUUAAGAAGAGAGUUUUUGUAAAUGAUAUCCCUUUGUUCUUUGGUGCAAUGUGUAUUAUUAUUGCGGUCACUUUUAUUGUAUAUAUACAACAUAAACCACUGUAAUGUCCACCUGUGUAAUACAAUAAAAUCCAAAUUCAUUCUCCAA